AUGGCUCCAUCAAGAGUUCCUCAAAAGCGAAUUUUAGGUGAAUCAAAGAAUGUUCAACAAAGCCAUAUACCCUCAUCCCCUCCAUCUGCGGCGAAAAAACGAAAGCUAGAACCAGUUGCCUCAUCACCCGCAGCAGCUAGGUUCAAGAGUUCGCAGAAUGGUCCAAAGGGAAAGCUGGCUUCUAGCCAGCCUAGUCAUUUCGAAUCGGAAGUAUUGGAAAAGAUGACACAAGAUAUGGAGAAUUUGAAGAGGAAUAAUUCGGAAAAAGAUCAAGAAUGGGCAAGGCCGAGACUGACAGACUUCAAUCCGGAGGUGGAUAAUUUGGCAUUUCAACAGAUUGAAUGUGAGGAGGGUACUUAUGAUCAUGGAAAAGCGACUGUGAAGCUAUUUGGUGUUACUGAGACUGGUCACUCAGUUAUGCUACAUGUUAAAGACUUCCUACAUUACCUUUACGUCGCCGCUCCUGUCAGUUUUACACAUCAAGAUUGUGAACAAUACAAAAUAUACCUUGAUUCGCAAGUAGGAAUGCAUGCGCCUGCCAUUCAUUCAGUAUUGAUCGUUUUACGGGAGAAUUUAUAUGGAUUCACGGGAAACAAACAACACGCAUAUAUCAAGAUUACAGUUACAGAUCCUAAAUGUAUCAACAAAGUUAGGACAACUAUCGAGGAAGGUCGAGCAAACUGGAAAGGAAUGUGGAAGAAUGAUGGAACUGGAAUUUUGACAUUUGAUAGUCUUCAAUAUGUGUUACGAUUUAUGGUUGAUGUCAAGAUUCAUGGUAUGUCUUGGGUUGAAGUGGAAGCAAAGAAAUACGAAAUAGUCCCUGAACAUAAUAGACAGUCAAACUGUCAAAUCGAAGCCGCCGUGACCUACCGAGAUCUAAUUGCGCAUAAACCAGAAGGAGAAUGGGCGAAAAUGGCACCUCUACGUAUCUUAUCUUUUGACAUUGAAUGUGCUGGUCGCAAGGGUGUCUUUCCAGAAGCAAAUCAAGAUCCUGUUAUUCAAAUCGCUAAUAUCGUUACUCGAUACGGAGAGAAGAAACCAUUCGUACGAAACGUUUUUUGUCUCGAUACUACGAGUUUGAUCGUCAAUACCCAAAUUUUUGAAUUCGAAAAGGAAGAGAAGAUGUUAUCUAAAUGGAGAGAUUUUCUUGAAGAGGUGGAUCCAGAUAUCAUUAUUGGUUACAAUAUUGCCAAUUUCGAUUUCCCAUAUCUUCUUGAUCGAGCCGACCAUCUAAAGAUCAAAAAUUUCAGUCAAUGGACUCGAUUAAAGUCUAUCAACUCCCAAGCUAAAACCUCAAACUUCUCCAGCAAGCAAAUGGGCAAUCGGGACACGAAGGCUACCAAUACUAAUGGACGACUUCAACUGGAUUUGUUACAACUCGUUCAGAGAGAUCAUCAACUUCGAAGUUACACACUCAAUUCCGUUUGUGCUCAAUUCUUAGGUGAACAAAAAGAGGAUGUUCAUUAUACCAUGAUUACGGAAUUGUUCAACGGAACACCUGAAUCCAGAAGAAGAUUAGCAGUUUAUUGCCUCAAGGAUGCUUUUCUACCUCAACGUCUAAUGGAUAAGCUUUCUUGUUUGGAAAAUUAUACGGAAAUGGCUAGAGUCACAGGUGUUCCUUUUAAUUUUCUUUUAUCCCGUGGCCAACAAGUCAAAUUUAUCAGCCAAUUGUUCCGAAAAGCUUUGGAACAGAAAUUGGUUAUUCCUAAUCUUUCAUCCACCUCAUCUGAGGAACAGUACGAAGGAGCCACAGUAAUUGAACCUACUAGGGGAUAUUACAGUGUCCCAAUUGCAACUUUGGAUUUUGCUUCUCUAUAUCCAAGUAUCAUUCAAGCACAUAAUCUUUGUUAUACUACAUUACUCAAGAAAGAUGUCGUGGAAGCUCUCAGUCUGAAGAAAGAUGAAGAUUAUAUCAUCACACCAAAUGGAGAUAUGUUCGUCACUACCAAGCAACGAAAAGGUCUUCUUGCGCAAAUUUUGGAGGAACUGUUAACAGCAAGAAAACAAGCCAAGAGAGAACUCGCUGUUGAAACCGAUCCUUUCAAAAAAGCUGUAUUGAACGGUCGACAACUUGCACUGAAGGUUAGCGCGAACAGUGUUUAUGGUUUAACUGGUGCCACUGUUGGAAAGGUGCCUUGUUUACCAAUUGCCAGUAGUACCACAAGUUAUGGUCGUCAAAUGAUUGAAAAAGCAAAAGCAGAAGUUGAGGCAAAAUAUACCAUCGCAAAUGGAUAUUCUCAUGAUGCUCAAGUCAUUUAUGGUGAUACUGAUUCAGUCAUGGUAAAAUUCGGUGUGAAGGAAUUAGCAGAAGCAAUGAAAUUAGGAGAAGAAGCUGCAAAAUACGUUUCCUCGAAGUUUGUCAAGCCGAUUAAAUUGGAGUUUGAAAAGAUUUAUUACCCAUAUCUUCUCAUUAACAAAAAGAGAUAUGCUGGUCUUUAUUGGACAAAUCCUGAUAAGUAUGAUAAGAUGGAUACGAAGGGUAUUGAAACAGUUCGUCGUGAUAAUUGUCGAUUGGUUCAAAAUGUCAUUGAGACAGUAUUGAGAAUGAUCUUGAUCGAUCAAGAUGUUCAAGGAGCUCAAGACUACGUGAAAGAUACCAUCUCCGACCUUCUUCAAAACAAGAUUGACUUGUCCAAACUUGUCAUUACCAAAGCCCUCGCAAAAGCCGAUUACACCGCCAAACAAGCCCACGUUGAACUUGCCGAACGUAUGAAGAAACGAGAUGCAGGAUCAGCACCCACACUAGGUGAUCGAGUUGCCUAUGUUAUCAUCAAAGGUUCUGCGGGAGCGAAGAAUUUCGAGAGAUCCGAAGAUCCUAUUUUCGUUCUGGAAAACAAUGUCCCUAUCGAUACAAAAUAUUACCUCGAUAACCAACUCGCCAAACCCCUAGGUAGAAUCUUCGAACCUAUCCUCGGCGAGACAAAAGCAAAUUCCCUUCUAGCAGGAGCUCAUACUCGUUCCAUCUCCGUCGCAGCUCCCUCUAUCGGUGGGCUUAUGAAAUUCGCCAAGAAAACAUCAACAUGCAUGUCAUGCAAAAAACCUCUAGUGAAUCCUCACGAGAAAGAUGGUGCAGUGUGUACGGAUUGCGCUCCUAGGAUUGGUGAAAUGUAUGAGAAACAACUCAACAAGGUAUCGGAUUUAGAAGUCAGGUUUGGAAGACUAUGGACACAAUGUCAGAGGUGUCAGGGAAGUAUGCAUUGUGAGGUUAUUUGUAGUAGUAAGGAUUGUCCGAUUUUCUACAUGAGAAUGAAGGCAAAGAAGGAUGUAGAGGAUGCAGGGAAGGAAUUGGAAAGGUUUGAUUUUGAUGAAUCGGCUUGGUGA